AAAAAAAUAUAUAUAUAUCAUACGACUAUGAACCAUCAUCAACAUCAACUCACUCUAUUAUCGCCUAAAACUUGCACCAUUACAAAGAGAUAAAAGUUUGUUUAUCUCUUGUUUUGUCAUCAUCGAUUUAUAUUUUCAUGAUGGCUAGCAAAUUGGUGGCCUUUAAUUUAGUACCUCACCGUGUGUUUACUGCUCCUGUACAGAAGCCGGUAUUGGUUUCUUUACCGUUAUCUGCAAGGAUUCAGUCUAAUGCACCAUUCAAUGGAAGGCAUUUUUGUCUUCGACCCCGAUUGUUUGUACUUCCUUCCAGAGCUACUGCAGACCAACAAGGCCAGGUUGAAGAGGAUGAGGUUGUUGAUGGUAAAAUUCUGCCAUAUUGUAGCCUGGACAAGAAACAGGAGAAGAAGUCAUUGGGUGAAAUGGAACAAGAGUUUCUCCAGGCACUACAAGCUUUUUACUAUGAAGGAAAAGCAAUAAUGUCAAAUGAGGAAUUUGAUAUACUUAAGGAAGAACUAAUGUGGGAAGGAAGCAGCGUUGUCAUGCUAAGCUCCGAUGAGCAGAAGUUCUUGGAAGCUUCAAUGGCUUAUGUAUCAGGGAAACCUAUCAUGUCCGAUGAAGAGUUUGAUCAACUGAAGAUAAGGCUGAAGAUGGAAGGAAGUGAAAUUGUAGCUGAGGGUCCAAGAUGCAGUCUCCGUAGUAGAAAGGUGUAUAGUGACCUGACAGUUGACUAUCUCAAAAUGUUACUGUUGAAUGUGCCAGCCACCGUUGUUGCUCUAGGAUUGUUUUUCUUCCUGGAUGAUCUGACUGGAUUUGAAAUCACAUAUCUUUUGGAGCUACCAGAGCCAUUCAGUUUCAUUUUUACAUGGUUCGCCGCGGUGCCUCUCAUCGUUUAUUUAGCUCAAUCACUUACAAAAUUGAUUGUGAAAGAUUUCUUGAUCUUGAAGGGACCCUGUCCUAACUGUGGCACAGAGAAUCUCUCUUUUUUCGGAACCAUACUAUCAGUUUCUAGUGGUGGAACCAGCAAUAGUGUUAAGUGCUCAAACUGCGGGACCUCUUUGGUUUUCGAUGCAAAGACACGUUUGAUUACAUUGCCAGAGGGAAGUGAAGCUUGAGUUGAGGAUGAAUCAAUCAUAAGGGAUUGACCAAUACCUAACUCUUGAAGUUGGAGAUGGAAGAGUAUCAAAUUAUCUGUGGAGAGGGAGAAUUUUCAGUGUGGGUAGUAUCUUAAUUGUAAGUUUUGUCAAUAUCGUAUUCGUAAGUAUGAAUCAUAAUACACUUGUACCAGGUUUUCCACAAGAGAGUAGAUAAUUCACCAUGCUGUAUGUAGAAAAUACUUGAUAAAAAGUCAAACCCAGUUCAUCAUGCUUUGUCACUCUGAA